AUGACAGUUAUAAACAGACUCCUCUUUGCAUUUGGUCAACUCAAAGAGACUGAUACUGCAGCUUUGAUCUUUGCCCAUGUCAAAGAUAGAAGCUUUUCGCCGGAUUUGUACACAUACAACACUGUUUUGGAGAUAUUGGGCCGGGCGGGUCGGACAGGUGAGAUGCUGAGGCUGUUUGGGGAGAUGAAGGAAGCUGGGAUUGACCCGGAUUUGGUUUCUUACAAUACAGUGAUAAACCAUGUGAGGAAGUUUGGGGAGGUUGAAAUGUGCUUGUUUUAUUUCAAGGAAAUGUGUGAAAUGGGUGUGCAGCCUGAUUUGCUGAGUUAUACUGCGGUCAUUGAUGGGUUGGGGAGGUCAGGGAAUAUUGAGGAGUCGUUGAGGUUGUUUGAUCAGAUGAAGAAGAGGCGGAUUCGGCCUUCGUUAUAUCUGUGUAGGGCAGUGAUCAGUAAUUUGAAGAAGAUGGGGAAGGUGGAGAUGGCAGUGAGUUUGAUGGAGGAGAUGAAUUCAUGUGCUUCAGGUGUUUCUAAUCCGAGAUGGAAGAAACGUCGGUAG